UUUCCUUGUCAGACUGGCGCUUGAUCUCGAUGCCAUGUCGGAUCGUGUGCGAGAUUCCAUUACAUGAAUGACAGCAUCGGCUUACCGUCCCUGCACCGUGUAUGUGCAGUGAGCCUGCCAUGGCUCGAUAUGGGACCGUGCAACUUCUUGCCUUGAGUUGUUUUUUAUCAUUCGGCUACAUCUCGAGUUCACUGGAAAGGCACUCAUUGACCGAGAGACCACGCCUAUCAACCCUCCUCGUGUUGCUCUUGUCGGGAGCCAUAUGCUUCCUGGCAAGCUACCUUUCCAAGUGGCUACCUGGCGCAGAGGGGCGAUUUGUCGCUGGGCAUCGUCAACCUCACGAUGUGUCGUUGCUAGACUUGGCACCAGAUGAGGCGUUAUCCAAGGGCUUAGCCAGUCAUGGUCCUAACUGCCCCAGGAGAUACACUCUGCCGGUGCUGGUUCUAUGCAUAGUCCUGCGGCUGGAGAUCUUCCACCGCGUCAACUACGAGCAGCAAUGUGCAAGCCCGGGAAUCGAGUCAUUUCUCUGCCUUCUGUUGAUCGCCCAUGAGUUAUUCGCGAGUAGGAGUCGAUGGGGCGUCCCACACUCGGACGACUCCGAUGACCCUUGGCGCAGCUGCUUCGAUGACCUCCACGACUGGUUCACGGGGCCACGCAUCACCAUGACCUUCAUGGUGGUGAGCGCCUGUGUCUUCUCGCUCGGCACGUAUCUUUCCGUCUCCCAGACGAUGAGGUCAACCUACGUGUGUUUUGGUCCUGUCGACAGCAGGACACAGACCGUCUCCCUGCAGCUCGUGGGCUUGGUGCUUGAUGCCACCAUUGUCGCUCUUCUCUGGCGAGUACUGGCCUGGACACGGACCACCAAGUUGAAGCUGCGCAUCCUAGGGAAGAUCCUAUUUCUCUCUUCCUCCAUGAUUGCCUUAUUCUGGAUUGCAGGCACUGUCCUAGGCGGUACUCGUCGGUUCAAUGUGGCAUUUGGGUCGUUGUAUGGGUUCGAUAUUCUGAAGGACAGCGCAGCCUUUGCCACGCUCAUCAUCUCCGCCUCAUUUUGGACCUGCGAGACGUCUACAAUAACGUCAUCAGGGGUCGUAACUUUUCUCGUCGGCGCCUGGGCCUCGACCAUGAAUGUCCUCGCUCUGGGCAAUUGGGCACACAGUUCCCGAGCAAGCGGCCUGGUGCCGCUCUGGCUCGUUGCAAUUGGGACCGUUCUUUUCACUUAUACCCAUGAUAUCCGAGCUGUUCUCUUCAUCAGGCGUAUAGCUUUGGCGGGCCUUCUCAUGGCACUGAUUAUCGCGGCAACCAUUUUCUCCUUCACCAAACGGCUUGAAAUCUUUGAAAAACGCCAUCCUAUCAACGACCUUAUAUACGAUGCACAGACAAGGCAUGAGCGCUGGCUAGUUGGAGUGUCAACGAGCAAGACGCUCGCGGCAGCCACAAUGAUCUACGAAGAGCGUCAUGCUGGCAAGGUGGCACCUCCCAACUUCGCUGAGUGGUACCAGUUCGCAUCGGGAUCGCCCAUAACCGACAACUUUGCUCAAAUCGAUAGAGAUCUUGCCCCAUUCUGGAAGUUCUCGCCAGAGGAGCUGCGGAAGCGGGUGGACGCCAUGAUUGGGUACGAGGGCAUUGCCACAAUCACCAUCGAAAAUGGCAGCGUAAGCAGAAGCGACGCGGGCAACGACGGCGACAACCAGGAUUUGGACGAGGUCGCGAAAAUGAUUGAGAAGUUCUCACAACAUAUGCCAGACAUGGUUCUGCCCAUUAACCUUAGCCCAACACCUCGGAUCCUGCCGUCCUGGCGGGAUGUCCAGCUGGGGGGUCACGCAGAUAUGGGCUCCAUUGUGAGCCUCAUAUCAAAGAGGUCGACGGGAGUCGAUGGAACAGCAGCAGACGACCUCGAUGUAAGACAGGAGCAGGUUGUGUCUCAAGAGCUGAACUGGGGUAUCACUUGGGCGAGCGACUUUCGACAGCUACUGGCGGACGCUUGUCCUCCCACCUCACCAGCCAGGUCGACUCCGCACUGGAACAUUGGCCAAUUCUGCGACAAAUGUGUUCGUAGGCACUCGCGUGGCCAGUUUCUGAGCGACUUUGAGCGCUCUUUGCAAGUUUGCGAGCAGCCAGAUCUCAUGCAUUUGCAUGCCUUCUCCAUGACGAACUCGAGGUCGGCGCCAAUCCAGCGGCUGCUUCCACUGUUCGGGCCUUCCAAGACGGACAACUUUGGAGACAUAGUUAUUCCGAUACCCAAGUCUAGACUCGUGCAGCCGGACAGUUCAUGGCAUUUCCCACGGCGAUAUGACAGCCUGUUCUGGAGAGGAUCCGCUGGAGAGGACGCACAAAACGGCCAAGCACUUCGAGGCAGCCACAAAUUUCGACUCUUGCAUCUGACUAGGAAGCCUGGGGGGCGGGACGAGGUACGCAUGGUUUUGCCAACACCAGGAAAGACGGAUCAGUUUAGGACCGAACGCGUUGCGGCAGCUGAGGCCAGCAAUGCCAUGCCUUUUGCCGUGGGCAUCGACGACUACUCGGGUUGCAAGGGGAAGAACUGCGAGCUCUUGAAGAGUGCGUUUGGCACUGAAACAAAGACGGAGGAGCCCUUGGAAUACCGUUAUGUUCUGCUUACAGACGAGGACAACGGGCCGCCCACACAGAUGCUGCGCACCAUGCAGUCAGGGAGCGUGCCGUUCGUGUCGACAAUCUUCCGGACGUGGUACACGGAGCGGAUCCAGCCAUGGCUGCAUUUCGUGCCGAUAGACGUGAGGUACCACGCGCUGCACACGACGCUGUCCUACUUCACCGGGACGGAAGACCGGCCGAAGAUGAAUGGCCGUGAUACGGCCCUGCGGGGCCGCAUAGGCGACGCGGAGUGGAUCAGCCAGCAGGGCCAGCGGUGGGCGGCGAAGGCGCUGGGCAACAGAGACAUGGAAAUCUACCUGUUUCGGCUGCUUCUCGAAUGGGGCCGGCUGAUGGACGACAGGCGCGGCGAGAUUGGCUAUCGUAAAGGCCAGAAUGGCGACUUUGAAAACAUUGGGUGGACUCGAUAGGCAAAGGGGAAAAGAAAGGGGAAGGGCGAAAGGGGGGGCUUUUUGCCGGUCAGUAUGGGAUAGGACGUGUAUGUAACUUACGGGCUAGUGCGAGGGUGUAGCCACCCACCAAGGUAUAGACGGACAAGCAAGGGCGUUGGGGGAGUCGAAUAACAAGUUCCCAGACGACAAGGGGCCUACGAUGGCAGCACCUUUGGCCGGGCGCAAGGCGUAUAUGGUAUGGAGCGCCACGAAGGUGACGAGGUGGCCGGUUGUCGGUGCUGGCGGCAUCAGCCAUGGUUGCACGGACUGGCAAUAAAGGGCAUGGCGUCGUUGCAGCACCCAGACGUCAAUCUGCCGUGGCGGGGUUCGCGCCCCCAAGGCCACACGUGAGCGCGGGCGGAUCGUUGCAUGCAUGAAGAAGGUCGACGACAGGCCGUGAUGUCGCAUCGUGGAUUCAUUCAGGUGGGAAAGGAAAGACGCCAGUCCCGGGAAGGGGCGGGGGGGGGGAGGCGAAGGCGGUGUGGGCGGAGGAGGGUGGUUGAUGGUGAUGGUGAUGAUCAUGGUGGUCAAGGUCGUGGGUGCGGGAACGCGUGCAGAUUCUUGUCUGGUAUUGGUAUCCCGGGGCCAUGUGUAAUUUUUCCCCCCCUGCCCCGUGAAGUUGCAAGGUUCCAACGGUAGAACAGGGUACAGUAGGCACGUUACCAAAGCAAAAGUAAUUACUAC